GCGCUCGUGGAAACUUGGAGCUCCCUGUAAAUGGCGUCCCAUUCUACUACCUCACACCUACAGAAGUCCUAUCUCUUCAAUGCUACCCAUAAAAUGCAGACACUCUCUGUAUCUUCUGUGAGCACGAAAGCUUCAUGGGACACAGAACAGAGGCUUCCUUAUAAUCCCAAUGCUCCCAGAAAGCUCAAGAAGAACACUAACGCUCUCAGCCAGACGCCAAUUUUAAAAACAUCUCCUUCUUCCAGUUCAUCUUCUCCAACAGCAUGGACGGAGAAGUACGUUUCUGACCUUCUGAAGCGCAACAGUCCUGAUACCAGUGGAGGGAAUACAGCAGAGCCAGACGAAACCUACUUGGGAUAUGAGAGAUGGUUGCCGAGUCCUCCUAAAGUGGUGAAGCCAAGAUCUGUAUUCAAUGCAGCAUCUCUAGCAUAUAUUGGCGAUUGCAUAUAUGAGCUUUAUGCUCGCAGGCACUUUUUAUUUCCUCCCCUAAGCAUUGAAGAAUACAACGAUCGUGUGAUGGCACUUGUGCGUUGUGAGGCUCAAGAUGCAUUGCUCCAGAAACUUCUCCACAGCAACUUCUUAUCAGAACAAGAGAGGGAUGUGCUUCGAUGGGGAAAGAACAUUAAUUCAAGCAAAACACGGACGAAAAAGCGUGCUGGUGCGGCUGUGUAUAACAGAGCAUCUUCACUGGAAACAUUGGUUGGUUAUCUUUAUUUGACUAAUGUGAAUCGCUUGGAGAAGCUAAUGGCGGAGUUGGGAUUUUCAGUUGACUCUUCAGCAAGUUUUAAUGUCGAAGAAGCAAUAUCAGGACGGCUGAAUAACGGAUAAAGACAGUCUUCAACCAAUCUUCC